AUGAUACAAAAAACUUCAAAAAAAACAGACGUUGUUGCAUAAUAAAUAAUAAUAUUAGGAUUUCUGAAUGGUUGCAACGCUUACAGCAUACGUAAAGAAAACAAUAAGAAAAUAGCAUAUUAGCUACAAAAAUAAAAUCGGAUGAAAUCUCCUUUUUAGCAAUAAUCUUUCAUUGAACUCAUAAUUCCUGUAAAAAAAAAUUAAAAUUAAGCUUGUGCAAAAUGUGAGGACCGUCCCUAAAGACCCUACAAUUCUAAUUAUUAAAGGCAUAUUACACUAAGUGCUAUCUCUAUACUCAACUAAAAAUCCUUGGCUUCCACACAUCAUAACUCCAAUGUUCAUCUCAAAAAAAGGUAUAAAGAAAACCCAUUAAAAGAAUAUAAAGAAUUUAUGAAUACUAAGUAGCUGAUAUAAAAAAAUGAGAUAAAGGUAAGUCAUAGUGCUAUUUACGUCUAUUUUGUAAAGCACUUUUAAGUAUUCGUUUUCUAUAGUCCUCUUUUCAUCUACAUAAACGUAACCUCUAAUCUGAAAGAAAUGCCAUACAAUAAGUGCAACAUACAUCCCGAUUGA